GGUCAGAAAAGGCGAGCUUAAAUUAGGACAAGGCUUGCCGAAGUGACGCAGUACGGCAAUCAAGCCGAAGCGAGCGCGAUUGGCGUCUGCUUCCUUCAUCAACAUUUUCAUCGCGGCGUCGCUGUUACACAACACAUCGCAGUUUUGGUGGUUGUUGUCGUUGUCGUCUAGAAAGAGUUAGAGACUGCACGUGCCGAGCAGCUGGCCGUAUCAGAAUCACUGCUUGAGAGCGCGGCGAGACACCACGCAGCAUCUACACGGCCACGUCCUGGCGCAAUCCCCGCCAUGUCGAACUGGGGGCAAUGCAAGGGGCCUGUCUGGCGAAGUGAUGAUUUCACUGACUGCUUCCAGAAUGACUACCUUAUGGCAAUCCUGCCUCUCAUCGCGAGCGCAAUCUCCCUACUAUACCUUACCUACCAACUAAUCCAAACCGCCCUCAACUCGAAAUAUUACUAUGCCUAUAAACUUGUUAAUCCUAAACACCCCCAUGUCUGGGACCUGCGCAUUCCCGCUGCUCAGAAUGACGAAGAUACCGAUGACGACUCGGACGAGUUUGACAGAAACGAGGAUCUCGCCAUCCGUACUGUUCGUACCCGUAAUACCGAAAUGUCUGUCGUCGACAAGCCGCGAGGACAGAUCGUUCUACCCAUCAUUGAAGAGCUUGCUGUGUUGGCCGAAGUUGGCAUCCACGCCGCUGCCUUGGCCACUGGCAUGUGGAACUGGAGCAGAGUCACCCUGAUUUGCAGUACCGCUCUGUGGUCCUAUGUCGCACUCCUGGCCACUCUACGCCUCUACUUCUCCACCACAAACAACUAUUCGUUCAACAAGCUCUGGUACCACACCGGCUUCCUUUACGCCGCUCAGUGGAUCUGCGCCUUCCUUCUUUUCCGCUCAGCAAUCAUCCACCCAGUCUCCCAGGGUGCCCAAGCGCUUACGAGCACUCACUUUGCGCUUACCACUCUGCUGACCCUGAUCAUGCUCACCUCACGUAAGGGCAACAAGCCUGUCGAACUCGAGUAUGAGGGCGACAUUGAGCCAUCGAGAGAGCCUCUUGCCAGCGUACUUUCUCUUGCUACCUUCUCCUGGGUCGACCCCAUCGUCUGGAAGGGCUACAAGAAGCCUACGGAACUAUCAGAUGUAUGGAACCUCAAUGCUAGAGACAAGGCUGAAGCCGUUCUGUUAGACUACCGUCAGGUCAAGAAGACUUCAAUUCUUGCAUGGCAUUUGUUGAAGUACUUCAAGCGCGGUUUGCUCAUCCAAGCCGCAUGGGCUGCCAUUUCUGGAGUCAACCUCUUUGUCCCCACCCUUCUGCUCAAGGUCAUCUUGGAGUACGUUGAGAACCCGGCCGAUACACCCAUCAACGCUGCAUGGUUCUACGUGAUCCUGUUGUUUGUUUCUGGUAUUGUCUCUGCUCUUUCCGGUGGUCAAGCUCUUUGGAUCGGUAGAAAGACCUGCAUCCGUCUUCGUGCCAUCAUCAUUGGUGAGAUCUAUGCCAAGGCCCUGCGUCGCAAGGCAGCAGCAGCUGGCGACAAGGUACUUGGCGAGCAAGAGAAGAAGUCAGACGAGACACCUGCAUCCAAGGGCUCGGUCAAGGAAGCCUUCCUUAGAAAGGUCAAGUCAUUCUACAAGGGUAAGAAGACCUCCGAGGCCACCAAGGAUGUCCCAAAGAAAGAGGAGAGCACCGACCAAGUCACAUCUGGUACCAUCAUCAAUUUGAUGGCUGUCGACUCCUUCAAGGUCAGUGAAAUCUGCGCCUACUUGCACUUCCUCUGGGCAGAGACUCCUGUCCAAUUUGCUGGAGCCAUCUACCUGCUCUACAGUAUCCUGGGUUACAGCAGUAUCGCUGGUAUUAUCAUGAUGGCCCUGCUUCUCCCUGUCAACCUUUUCAUCGCCAAGCAGUUCACCAAGGCCCAGAAGAAAAUUCUCGCAGCCACAGAUGCUCGUAUUCACACCACUAACGAAGUUCUUACCAACAUCCGCAUCAUCAAGUACUUUGCUUGGGAGCAGCGUUUCCUUGGCCAGGUUGACGAGAAGAGAGCAGUUGAGUUGAAGAACCUGCGUAACAGAUACAUCAUUUGGGCCGCCGCAGCUACCAUCUGGGGUGGAGCUCCUAUGGUCAUCACUUUCCUGACUUUCCUCGUCUACACCAUGGUCGAGAAGAAGGAUCUGAUCCCCUCUGUUGCUUUCACAGCUCUUUCGCUUUUUAGUCUUUUGCGUAUCCCUCUGGAUCAGCUUGCAGACAUGGUGGCUCACGUUCAGGAGUCCAAGGUCUCUGUUGACCGUAUCGAAGAGUAUCUCAACGAGCCCGAGACCGACAAGUACAACCAGCUCCAAAGUGGUGAAUUUGAUCAGGACGGAAACCCCCUCAUCGGAUUUGACAAUGCGACUUUCAGCUGGGGAGGUGGCACUGAGGCCGAUGACUUCAAGAUGAUCGACCUCGACAUGCGCUUCCGAAUCGGUGAACUGAACGUUAUCGUUGGUCCUACCGGCAGUGGUAAGACAUCUCUUCUCAUGGCUCUGCUCGGAGAAAUGUCCAAACUCGACGGUCAUGUAUACCUGCCUGGCGGACACAGCAGAGAGGAGCUCAAGGCCGACCCCGCAACUGGAUUGGUUGAAAGUGUUGCUUACUGCGCCCAGCAAGCUUGGCUUGUCAACGGAACCAUCAAAGAGAACAUCGUUUUUGCUAGCCCCUGGAACCCUAGACGUUACAAGAAUGUCAUCGUUGCUUGCUCUCUGCAACGCGAUCUCGAAAUCCUUGACGGUGGUGACCAGACUCUUGUUGGCGAGAAGGGUGUCACUCUUUCGGGUGGACAGAAGCAGCGUAUUUCUCUCGCUCGUGCACUUUAUUGCAAUGCUAGACACGUCCUUCUGGACGACGUGUUGAGCGCAGUCGAUGCUCACACUUCCAAGUGGAUCUUCGAGAAGGCUCUCAUGGGACCUCUCAUGUAUAACAGAACUUGCAUCUUGGUCACUCACAGCACGACCCUUUGUCUUCCUCACGCUGCAUUCGCCGCCGUGCUUGACAAUGGCAGAGUUAGUACUCAAGGCAGUGCUAGAGACGUCAUCAUGUCCGGAAAGCUCAGCGAAGACCUUAGCAAGGUUUUGGAAGAAUCCGAAGGCGGUGCGUCAACCAUUCCAUCUCGCGUGCCUUCCGGAAUUGGUGGUGACGAGGCUUUCGGCGAGAAUGGCCAUGCCAACGGAAAGGCCGUCAAUGGUUCGGCUGAUCACAUUGAUCACGACGACAACGCUCUCCACAGAGUUGUUUCCAAGGACGUUCCUGGCAUGAAUAAGGACGUCGAUGUUACACUUCCCACCGAAACUAAGGCUACUGGCAGUGUCAGUCUCAAGGUCAUCAUCAUGUACUUCUCUUACAUGGGUACAUGGUACUACUGGGUUGUGACUGCCUUGAUGUUUGCUCUCCAGCAAGUUUCGCAAGUUUCGACCAACGUCUGGAUUCGUCAAUGGGCUAAUGCUUAUAACAACAAACGGGAAGUGUCCGUCAUGGGUGUAUACACUGAGCCUCGCCAGCUCACUCAUGUCUUCAGCGGCAUCGGCAGUGGAACGUCGUGUGUGAAGAGUGGAUCUUGUCUUUGGGCUAUGCCUUCUUUCGGCUCCUCCAACGCUACAGCUCAGUUCUCCGUCCAAGCCGAGGCCAAUGAAGGUGUUGAUGUUUCGUACUACCUCGGUGUCUACGGUAUCCUCGGUCUUAUCUACAUGCUCAUCACUGUCAGCCGUGAGGGUGUUCUCUUUUACGGAUCCCUGGUUGCGUCUAAGAGAAUUCACAGAAAGCUCAUGGAGUCUGUCACACACGCCAAGUUCCGCUUCUUCGACUCUACACCUCUUGGGCAGAUCAUGAACAGAUUCUCUAAGGAUGUUGAGGCUAUCGACCAGGAGAUCGCUCCCGUGGCUGUUGGCGUAGUCCACUGCAUGGCUUCGAUCAUCACCACCGUCAUCCUUAUUUCGGUCAUCACUCCUCGUUUCCUGAUCGCUGGUGUCUUCAUCAGUGUUCUCUACUUCAUGAUUGGUGCUUUCUACAUCAACUCUUCUCGUGAUCUCAAGCGUCUGGAGUCUGUGCAGCGCAGUCCUCUGUACCAGCAAUUUGGCGAGACGCUCUCUGGCAUGACGACCAUCAGAGCCUACGGCGAUGAGCGCCGCUUCAUUCGUGAAAACAUGCACAAGGUUAACACCCACUCAAGACCAUUCAUCUAUCUUUGGGGCGCUAACCGCUGGCUCGCAUUCCGUGUUGAUGUUACCGGCGCUUUGGUGUCAUUCUUCACCGGUUCUUUCGUUAUCCUCAGCGUCGGCAAACUUGAUGCCGGUGCUGCUGGUUUGGCCAUGACCUACGCUGUAACUUUCACCGAGAACGUCUUGUGGUUUGUCAGACUCUACUCAAUGAACGAGCAAAAUAUGAACGCAGUCGAGCGUGUCAAGGAGUACUUUGAGGUUGAGCAAGAGGCACCUUACACUAUUGAGGAGACGAAGCCUCUGCCCGACUGGCCGAGUCAAGGUGCUGUUGAGUUCAAGGACUACAGCACAAGAUACCGUACUGACUUUGACAUGGUCCUCAAGGACCUCAGCUUCAAGAUCUUGCCUGGUGAGAAGGUCGGUGUUGUUGGCAGAACAGGUGCAGGCAAGAGUUCUUUGGCUCUUGCUCUGUUCAGAGCUCUCGAAGCCGAGACUGGAAGCAUCGUCAUUGACGAUGUCGAUGUCAGCUUGAUUGGUCUUCAGGACUUGCGUGAGAACAUUGUCAUGGUCCCUCAAGAUCCCACUCUCUUCACCGGAACCAUCAGAACCAACCUUGAUCCUUUCGGGCUCUUCACCGACGAAGAAAUCUACACCGCGCUCCGACGAACACAACUCAUUGGCGCUGCCUCGGCUGAGCCUUCGCGUGCUCCUACACCCACACAAGGCGCCGGCUCUGUCCGCUUCGAGGGCCUUGCCGACGAGGCAAGCACCGGCAACAUCGACUCGACCGCCGCGCUCGAGAACAAGAACAUCUUCACAAACCUCAACUCCUCGGUCGCCGAAUCCGGUAGCAACCUCUCCCAAGGCCAACGCCAACUCCUCUGUCUCGCCCGCGCCCUCCUCAAAGACCCCAAGGUGCUUCUCAUGGACGAAGCCACCGCCUCCAUCGACUACGCCACCGACGCCAAGAUCCAAGAAACCAUCCGCGAGAUCAAGAACACCACGAUCACUAUUGCCCACCGUCUCCAAACUAUUAUCGAUUACGACAAGGUUUUGGUCCUGGACAAGGGUCAACUGAUCGAGUAUGGCAAUCCUUGGGACCUCAUUCGCAUGGAGAAGGGUAUUUUCAAGGGCAUGUGCGACAUGUCUGGCGACUUUGAGAUUUUGAUCAAGGAGGCCGAAAAGGCGCAUAAAGCGCGUCUGUUGGUCGAUGUGGAUGAUGCUUAAGAUAAUCUCGUUUCCUUCCAAUCUGCUUUUUUAGACAAGGAGUUCUGUCAUCGCCGAGGCUUGCUCUUAUCCUUUUUUCCCUCUUCUUCUACCUCUCGGUAUUGUUGUUUGCUUCUUUUUCUUGGAGUAUUCAUUGGCAAAAAGCAGAGGGGAAUUUCUUCGUCUGCGUGCUGUUGUAUAUAAAUCAUACAUUGUCAAAGCUCUUGCUACACACUAGUACCGUUUAGACUGUGCGCUUCUUCAAAUCAGAAUAUGAAUGUGAUGUUCUCCAAGCG